AUGAAAAAGAUACUCAAUAUUCUAAUAACAUGCGCCCUAUUACAAAACAGAACUACACAGUUUUAUAACUUACAACCAUAUCAACAUAGAUUAAUGCAAAAAAAAUAUCAGUUGUAUAACGAAUUCGUUCAUACUAAGCGAAGACAUUAUGAACUUUAUAAACGGACAAAUAUCAAUAUAUUGGAUGAAUCUAACGUAUAUGGUUCCGGUUACAGAAAUAUAUGUUUUUGUUCGUGCACCGGAUGUAAUUAUCAUAAGAAAUGUUGUAAAUAUUAUUGCAGUAAUUGCAACCUCAUGAUCACUCCACAGCCGAAUAUUAUAUUAUAUCCAUACCCUGUACCUGUAAUUAUACCUCAUAAUUCAUUACAUGUUACUACUAUUAUUAAUACUGCAAUUACUAGUACUACUGCUCAAACAACAACACAUAAAACUCCUAUAGCUACAUUAAUAUCAACUGACAAGUCUUCUAUAUUAACAACAAUACAAACUGAAAACCUAAAAGUUACAUAUACUAAACCUGAAGAAACAAAAUGGUCAUUAUUAAGCGAAACCACUCUACAAUUACCAUCGACAAUUUCAACAACACGGGCAGGGAAAGACUGCUUAUUUAGGCAUUCUACAUGUUGUGUCCGAGUUCUGAAUACUGAAUACAAUAAGUUAAGAGAUAAAGAAUUUUAUACAUUGAUACAUCGACCAACAAUAUCAUUAUCACAAAAUAAAGAGAAACAAUACAAUAUAAAGCCAAAAGAACGUCGCGCUGACAUGCUUCCUAAAUAUGGUAUUGUACCUAUUCCAGAUAAUUUGGCCAUAGACAUUAUGUCCCAAUUGGAAGCACUUAAAAGAUGA